AGCCUAGAUGAGUAUCGAAUCCUACUUCCACGGUUUCCUCCCGGAAGCUUGUGCAUCAAUUCUGUUUUUCUUCAUGCCGACAUGUCGGGCAGGCCCUACCGUGCAAUUGAUUUUCGUGACGGACUCAAAGACGCCAUCGAACUCCGAGAAGUGUUGUCCCUUGGACAGUUCCAAAUGAGCCACGUUUGGAUGGUUACGCUAGUGAGUUCUGAAGCCGCUGAGAAGCUCAAAGCGGCAAAAGAACUGACGGUGAAGGGCAAAAAGUGCAUGGUCAUCGACCCGAACUCAAAAGACGUUAAGCUCAAGCUCCUCUGGCUUCCGUCGUACUUAGAAGAUAAGAAGAUUGCUGAAGCAUUAUCGCCAUUUGGAACCGUGCGUAGCGUCUCGAGAGAAAAGUGGCGCGUGCCAGGGAUGGAAAACAUGGAAACGCUGAACAGAGAGGUCUGUCUGACUCUUCAUGACAUGACGACAUCGGAAGAUAUUCCCCAUCUGCUCAGAGUUGCCGGCAUACAGUCCCUUCUGGUCAUGUCCGGGCGACCACCUUUGUGCCUGAGAUGCAAGAAAGUUGGUCACAUACGCAGGCAGUGUCGCACCCCAAAGUGUGCGCGUUGCAACAGAUUCGGACACGAAAGUGACGAGUGCUACUCCAGCUAUGCAGCCGUGCUACGGGGCUCUGGCACAGAACCAGAUGCCAACCAAGAGUUCAUGGAUAUCUCCGAGGUCGUAGACGCCACUGGUGAGGUUCUCCCAACUCAAGCCGGGUCUGCAGAGGCCGGACCUCCUAUUUCCGAUAAGAACGAAGAUCCAGCUGUCAAGGAAGUCUCGGAAACACCACAAGCCGGCUCGAAGACAGAGAAUGAAGGAAAAGACUUGCAGGAAAGCAAGGACCAAAAUACCCCGCUACAACAGGAGUUAACUCAGCAGCCUGCAGAUCUUGCUGAGAAGCUGACGACGUCAGAAGGCAAUGACGACCUACCGGACUCAAUGGACGUGACCAAAAACAGUUCCAAGGACACUAACGACACCAAACGAAAACAAGAUGCACCACCUGACACCACCACCGCGAGUAAGCGGAAACCUACCUUGCACCCAAGCUGCUAGUGUUUAAACCCAAAUUCAUAGCCCCUCUCCUCUCCCUCCCCUCCUCCUCCAUCUCCCCCUCCCCCUUUCUCUCCCCCUUCCCUUCUAGUUGAUGGCCCUCGUUUUGCAACACUAAAUGUUAGAGGCUUUAAUUCUAGAAAAAAACAAUAUCAACUGAAACGUUUACUUGAAGAUAAGGAGGUUGACUUUCUGGCCGUACAGGAAACAAAGCUCUCAACAGAUGAACAGGUAGAGCGUGCCCUGCAGCAUUUUCUGCGUGACUAUGAAGUAUGUGUCAGUCACGCUGUUGGUUACUCUGGGGGCUGUUUACUGUUUAUUAAGAAGUCUUUCCAACUGUCUGAAUUAAUGGUCACCACAGACCUCUGUGGCCGCUUCAUUAUGUGCGACUUUCAAGUCUCUGACAUAAGGUGGAGAAUUAUAUGUAUUUACGCACCGAAUGAGGUUAAUAGCAGAAUUGUAUUUUUUAAUAACCUGCGCCCAUAUUUAAUAUCAGAUAGAAUGUUAGUUCUUUUAGGAGAUUUUAAUUGUGUUUGCAACGAAGCAGAUAGAACUCCAUUUAAACCGCGAAUUGACCAGA